GACUAAGCUCCACGUAGUGAUUCUCUAUUGAAGUCAAGAAUAGGGGCACUGGAGUUUUAUGGUUAAACUCCUAGUUAAUUUUCACCUUAAGGAUUGGCGAUUUCUGGCGAUUUUCUCAUCAAAACCAGGUGACCAACGUGACUGAAAACCUGGCAACCCUGCUGGGAUUAUCUAUCUUUAUCUGAAUGUAAAAAUAUCAAAUAUGGCGUUUGAUUUUGUUAAUAUCUAGAUUAUUAACGCUGAUGCUCUUGGAGAUAUUUCGUAAAAAAUGAGCAUAAAAUAUAGAGCAACACUAUCAGUAGCUGUGAUGGUAUACGUGAGAUGUAUUGUGACUAUUGUGGGAGAUGCAGAAGUUCAGGAGACUGUCAUGUCAUAAAGUGCUACAGAUUGGUAUGCCUCAAAAUAGUAAAAAACAAAAGCACUGCUGACAUGUCAUCACUGCCUUUCAUCAGUGGAUGUUUAUCAACAAGCCUGUGGUUAAGAUAUGGAUUUCUUAUUGAAGACACAUCAUUAAUAUUAGUUAACACUGUUGGGUCAACAUUAUUUUUUUCAUAUGUAGUUACUUUUUACCUAUACAGUGUCAGAAGGGGUACAGUAUUACAACAAUUUAUGUUAUGCCUAUUUGUAUUAUCAAUGGUGCUAUUAUACAUCCACAAAACAAAAAGUGAUGAAGAGGCUAGAUCUCAUUUAGGCCUGAUAUGUGCUUCAGUCACUAUCAUGUUCUUUGCUGCACCUUUAGCUUCACUGUUCCAUGUUAUUAGGAUCAAAAGUGCUGAUAGCUUACCUUAUCAUUUGAUACUUGCCACCUUCGUUGUAUGUUUACAAUGGUUUGCUUAUGGCAUGAUGUUGAAUGACAAAUUCAUUCAGGUGCCCAACUUCAUAGGAUGUAUAUUUUCAGCAUUACAAUUGAGUCUAUUUAUAAUUUACCCUAAUCCCAAAGAUAAAAAAGAAAUGACCAGUGUUGUAUAGUGAAUAAAAGUACCACAAUGGAGACUGCUGCACUGUAACAUGGAGCUGUGGAAGUAUUUUUGAUGUUAUUUAUUAUAGUAAACCAUUCUGACUAGAAUCAUAUUCUUUGAAAUAUUUGUUUGUUAUUUUAUCAUAUGCUUAGUACAAAAUAGAUACUUAUAGUAUAAAAUUGUCUAUAGUUGUAGUCACCGUUCUUGUCAGGUAAAAGUAAGACUACCAGUAUCCCUUUAUAUAUCCUCAUACAUACACAUGCAACCUACCCCUGUGAAUGUAU